ACUCGCGCAGUCCAACGCAGACCGCGAGUGCGCAACCGCGGCGCGCUUAGAGCUCACUUCAAGCCAGCAGCGCAGUGAAGUCAAAAGUCAAAACGAUCGGAAAGCUCGGACGUGCAGCAUGUCGACGUAAACUCGAAAAGCAUUUACUUCAUAUCAAAACAUUAUAAACACUACAAGACAACACCAUCUGCAAUUAAAAACAGUCAAAUAUUCAUCAAUAACAUUAAUAAAUUAAAUAAAAAGUGUAAAUAUCGUGAAAAUAUAAUCUAGUGAAUGUAAACACUGUUGCAAUAACAAAAACAUUAUUGAUAUUGAUAAACGUGCAUAUAUCAAGUGACUUAAUUUAAUUCAAAUUCAACUUAAGUCAUUUUUUUAUUUUGGAAGUGAAGUGACAAUGUGAGCAUUGAAAUUAUUUGUUUAUUUAAUUAUGAAUUUUCCGUAUCUUACAUAAAGUGUAAGACUGUAGUGACAGUUGACAUACAGUGUGUUCAUAAAUAUUAAUUUGCGUAAAUUUGAAAUAGAAAGUGUUAGAAUGAGUGCCGAUAUGAGUGUAAAUAAUGCGAGGAUGUCGACGAACGGCCGGAUUUUCGCUAUUCUGGUCGGCGUGCUUCUGACAUGCGGAACUAGACAGGUGCUAUGUCAACUGGUCGACACAGAGUUUGUGCCACAGGUGACGGCAACAUGCAAGGCGGGACAUAUGAGCAUCAAGGUGGCCUUCAAUGGCAGCUUCUACGGGGCGGUGCACGCCCGCGACUACCGCACGCCUGCGUGCAUGACGCACGGAGACGGCGGCCGCCAGAUUGCUCUCGACAUCAACCUGCUGGCGGCGCACUCCGCUCCUGAUUAUUGUGGAUUACUCGUCAACAACAAAACCGAAGAACGUUCAGUACCGAUCGCUGUACGAAUCCACCGAACAUUAGAACUUGCAGAUGAUAAGUUCUAUGUAAUCACUUGCGGCAAAGCAGGAUUCCGUAACGCACGAAAUGAGACAUCGUUAGUGUCAUUACGCCUGUUGGAUGGUGGUAGAAAAAUCACGCAAGCGGUAUACAGCCGCCCCUAUACGCUGCGUGCAGAGAUCUCUCGCCCAGAUGGGACUUAUGGCUUCCGGGUUAAAUCAUGCUUUGCGUUCAACAAGCUCAACAGCAGUGUACCGCUAAUCGAUGAACGCGGAUGUCCCGUCAAUCCCAACGUUAUCAAGGGUUUUACAUAUGAUGACAAACGCAGCAUUGCCGACGCUCAGCUACAAUCAAUGUUUCGGUUUCCCGAAAGUUCCGAAGUUCAUUUCCAGUGUGAUGUUGGUUUGUGUAAAGGCUCUUGCCCAGACCCAAAUUGUUCUGACGGUGGCGGACAAACUAAGGCGUUGGUAACAGACGAAGGUGUCUUAAUGGCGGCUACUAGUGUGUUUGUCUUGGAUCCUGGCGAGGCACCACUUGUACAAGAGCUGUGUGAUGAUGGUAGUGUGCAUCCAUCAUGGCUGCUCUGGUUGUGCGUUGCGUUGGGUAUUCUCUUCCUUAUUAUGUUGAUUAUAAAUAUAUUCUUGUGUUCGGCGAUGACAUGCGCAUGCGCACGUACUGAAAUUAUCGAGAAGGAGCCGAGCAUCAUUGAAGACUACGAUCCUUAUCGAUCUUGGCAUGGAAGUCAAUAUGGAUCUAGAUAUUCAUUGAACGGUGCACCCCAACAUCCAAAAGGUUACACUUCCGGUGGAUCAACAAUGAAUUCGACACGAUCGGUGUCAUCGCAUAGCGAUCACUACGCUAUCGUGCACUCUCGUCCCGGAAGUCGGUACAAGCAUCGUGGCCCACCAUCGCAUAUUGGCAGCCAUUACAGCGGCAAGUGAGGGCGCCACCAUCAUGUUUUGUUUGAUUUUGAUUGAUUUCAAACUGAAACAAACGCAAUUCACCAGCAACUAGCAACCAAGUCUAAUAUUAUUCUUUUUAAAACUUCUGUGCAUACAUUCUACUAUAUUUUAUGAUAAUUUAACGAAUCACUAACACAGAAAAUAGCAACAAAAAGAGUGCUUUAAAUGAAAUAAAAGACAAAAAAAUAUUUUUGAGGUUAUGAAUUGUAUAGUCAUAGUCGAUUGAUGCUCCGAGUCCAUAAUCGAUACAUUCCGCUGCUUAUUAGUUUGUUUUAAGAGCCUUAUUUAAUGAAGUAAUUGUUUAGACGCUUUAAAAUUUUAAAAAGCGAUUCUUUUGGCUUUACUUUUGUAAAUAAUGUUUCUCACUUUGUUUGCUUCACAAAAAAACAUCCACGAUAUCAACUUAAAAAAAUCUAUUGAACGAAUAAAUAUCGAAAUCGAUCAAAAAUUGAAUCUAAUCAAAAUGUACCUAUAAUCUGAAUAACUGUUAAAUAGAUUUAUUAAUUUUAUAUGCUUAAGAAUUUAAACUUAUAAACCUUACACAUUACAUUUCGAACAAAUCAAAAUAAUGUUUAAUAUUGUUAAAAUUUUAUAGAACAAAGAAAAUUUAAAAUUGUCUUUCUAAAAAUGAACUGAAAUUCUAUUGAUACUAAAAAUUUGUAUAUAAUAAGAUGUACGAAGUAAA